UUGGCCAACAUGGCGACUACGGACAAGAGUGUUGUUGUUCCUCCAGAAAACCCUUCUUCUUGCUUCACUAGAGAUGAUUUCAUAAAGGAUUCUUUCAGCGUUGAUUCUUUUGUCACCAGCCAUAAGGGAUCCGCGUCGCUUGAUACCAUAAAGAACGAUCUAGAGGAGUAUUUAAAGUCUUUGAAAGCUGCUUUGAUAGAGUUGAUCAACCAGGACUAUGCCGACUUCGUAAACCUAUCUACCAACCUUGUUGGGUUGGACAAAAGCAUCAAUAACUUGUCAGUACCACUUGGACAGCUAAAGGAAGAAGUACUGCUUAUCAGAACAGAGCUUGAUGGGACGAUAGCAUCAAUUGAAGGAAAACUUGAAGCAAGAGCACUGUUGAGACAGAAAAAGAUCUGUAUGCAACACUUACUUAAUAUCACCAAAUCUUUGGAAAAGAUAGAAAGACUUCUUCAUGGCUCUAUUACUGAUAAUGACUCUCAUAUUGGAGAAGAAAGUGAGGAUGAAUCCCAUUUGAUAGAGAGAGUUGCUAGUGAAUUCAAUCAGUUACAGUAUUAUGUCACUGAAAGUCAAGGCCAUCCACUGGUUGAGAGCAUAAAAUAUCGUAUUUCAGCCAUAACAUUAACACUACAGAAGAAACUUGAAGCUGCAUUCCAAGAUGCAGUCCAGUCAGGCAACUUGAACCUUCUUGCAAGAGUCCUGCGAACAUAUGCCAUCAUUGAUAAAAUAAAGGAUGUUGAGCUAUUAUUUAGAGAGAAGAUUGUUAAGCCAUAUAUGGAUAGGGUAAUAUCUGAAAAAACUUUGCUGACAGACCCAGUUAAUGGCCUUAAAGACUUGUAUUCCAAGAUUCUGGAAUUUAUUCCCAGAUCUUGCACAAACAUGAUUCAAAUUACAUCAGGUAGAUUGGCAUCAGAAGAUUCCAGUUUUGGAGAACAAAGAACUGCUAUACGUGGAUUUGAUUUCAUCGUGAAUGCCGUCUGGCCUGAAGUGGUAAAACUUAUUGAGACAAGACUCUCAUCUAUUUUUGCCCCAGGAAAUCCCGAUGCAUUUCACAAGAGGUACACAACAUCCAUGUGGUUUGUGGAAAAAUUUGAAGGUCUUUGUGCGUCUAAAGCAAGUGUCACAAGGCUUCGUAACCACAGCAGCUUUAAUUCAUUCAUGGCUCACUGGAGCUUGCCUGUCUACUUCCAGAUUAGGUUUCAAGAUAUUGCAGGCAAAAUAGAAAUGGUUUUGGAUAACCCAACUGAUCCUCCAUUAACAGUUGAAGGUGACUUCAACACUGCUGUUUGUAAUAUUUUAUGGUGGGGACUCGAGACAUGUUGGUCUGAUUCUGUCUACAUUAAGGCACUGUGUCAUCGAUUCUGGAAGCUAACRUUACAGAUUAUUUCUAGAUUUUCACAGUGGCUUGAGAAUGAAGGCAUUUUUAAAGAGCAAGCUGAGAAUGAUUCCAGUGAACAACCAACGUCUUACUUUGUAUACCUACUUAUUGACACACACUCCUUGUCACAAAAGAUAUCUGAGUUGUUCAAGCGAUCCAUACAACCCAAACUCGUAUCUGCUGGACUUCAAGAUUUCUCAUCAUUAACAGAUGCUCUUGAGGAGUCAAAGACCAACCUCAUCAACUUGCUUCCUAAAAUAGAAGAGAAGAUCAUUCAACAGGUGGUUGCCAAGUCCUUAGUUGGUCUCGAUGCUGCAAGGAAUAUCCCUCGACUCUAUCGAAGAACAAACAAAGAGGUUCCCAGCCAACCCUCUCCCUUUGUGGGCAUCGUCAUCAAGCCUCUGAAUGACUUUCAGGAGGAGUUCAAACACAUGGUUGGGAAGGAGCAGCUGCAGACAUGGGCAUCAAAGGUGUUGCAGAUUGUAUUUGAAAGGUACUUUACCAUAACAUCUGAUGUUCUAACAUCCAUCAAGAAAACAGAAGACAGUUUACUGCGACUGAAGAGAACAAGAAAACAAGCAGGAGGGGGAACCAAUAACUCAUCCAACACUCAAGACGGCCAGGGGCCAAUGAGUGAUGACGACAAGAUUAGACUACAGUUUUCUCUAGAUGUAGAAGAAUUUAGAAUUCUGAUGAAAGGAUUAGACGUAAAUGAAGCCUCAUGCUCCAACUACACUGAGUUAGUAUCCAUGGUACAAGCUGCUCAAUCUUCUGGACAAGCAUCACAGAUGCAAUAAUAAUUUAUUUAUUCUUAUUAAUGUAAUUAAUGAGGCACAUUAAUGUAGUUAAUGGGGUACUGACCCUGACACUCAUUCAAAACAUAAUUCCAGUUUUACACUUUAGAAAAUAAUAUAGAAAAUCCAUAAACUGAAAAACAUGAGAUUUAUUAUAAAAUCAGGAUGUAUAUUAGUAUUUCAAUAGUAAAAUAAAAGGUUUUACUAAUUA